AUUGAAAAAGGCGCGAUGUCAUUUCCUGAAGACAAGCAGAGAGGUUAGAGAACUAAAAGUAAAAAUUAGUUUUGAAUGUUUUGAUAGAAUUUUAAUUAUAAAUAGGUUAAAAUGACUUGUUAUGUAUGUAGAAUUGAUGAAGACAAUAGUCUUCUUUACGGUCCAAUUUAUACAAAGGAUAAUAUUAAGUGCCACUACUAUUGCCUUCUGUUUGGAGACCGUUAUGUCCAAAGGGGUGAAGAUCACGAGGGUAUACUGGGCUUCCUGGUAUCUGAUAUAAAACAUGGGGCUGCCUUGAAAACAAAAGCUCUCUGCACCUUCUGCAAGAAACCACGAGCGGCUACUAAAUGUGCAUUUAAAAAUUGUUACAAGAAAUUUCAUUUUAUUUGUGGCUUGAAGAAUGGCUGCCUCUAUCAAUUUGAUGAAAUGCUUGCAUUUUGUAAUGCCCACACUGGACUAGAAAAGACAGCCCCACCGGAAUAUUCAUCUGAAAAUACCUGUGUCAUAUGUUCGGAAGUUUUGGGCCCCUAUUCUCCCCUGGACCGCAUUCAAGCUCACUGUCAGCUGAUUGCGUGGAUGCACACAGAUUGUGUUAGAAGAUUUGCUCUGAACGCUGGAUAUGGAUUUAAAUGCCUACUCUGUCGGAAGACAGAUUUUAGAUCAAUUGUCCAGAAAAAGGGUGUUUUUGUACCGCAACGUGAGACAGAAUGGAUAAUUAGUCAAUGCGAGGGUGGAUCACAGGAUCCUUCAUCUGCUCCCCUUCUCUGUGGAGCUAAAGUGUGUCGUUUUCCUGGCGGACGAAAAUUUUUACUGAACACCACUAUUGGCGAAACAUGUCAUUCUUGCAAUCGUUCCGUUCAUCCCGAAUGCGUUAGAUAUUCUGGAGUGCAGAAAGAUGAUAAGUUUAUUUGCUUUGAUUGCCAUGACGAAGAUAUCGAGAUAAUAGAGCCGGUGGAGGUGGAAGAGAAGAAUCAGGAUAUCGUGAUGACAGAUGGGGCACCGCUGAAAAAAUAUCUCGGGGAUGUGUAUGCCGGAAGGAAAAAUUAUGUGGCUGAUGAACUGUUGCCUAAUUUCUACGGACCACGGUGUGCAGAUGCUGGAAAAUUUCGUCUCAAUUAUUUCUUCAACUCGCAUUAAUAUCUGACUGUAUCAACACGCAGCGGCUUAUGUAUUUGAAUUCUGAGCUUUUUUUUAGGCCCAAUGUACACUGCACAAAAUUGUUAGUGUCAUUGACGGCAUGGA